CGUCAAACUGUCAAAAAUUCAUGUAAAAAGAUAAAUAAUUGUUAUGUUAAAUUGUGAGGUCAUUAUUUAUUAAUAAAUAUUUAAAACAGUAAAAAAAUCAACGAGCGUAAAAAAAUGAGCAAGAAGCAAGCAUCUUCCGAUUUCGAAUUAGCGCCUUUAAGGUCUCUGGACGAUUUUCUUUUAGAAGCGGCUCGUUUUCAAGUGCCCAACGUGAAAGAUAUCGACAGAUGGGGCAACAGGGUAACGAACAAUCUGCUCUACUACCAAACCAAUUACUUCUUAAUGUCCAUAUUAAUCUUCCUAAUCGUUGGCGUAAUACACCCAGUUAAGAUGGCCUGCGGUUUCGUCGCGACUGCGGUGCUUUUCAUGGUAUUCGUUUACGUUACUAACGAAAAAGCGAGUGCGGCUAGAUUCAAAAGAAACCAUCCCAUAAUUUCGAUUAUCGUAAUAUUCGCCGGGGCCUACUUUAUAGCUUAUAUGCUCCAAUCUCUCAUGGUUUUCCUGCUGGGCAUACUUUUACCGGUAGCAGCGAUAUUUCUGCACGCUUCCCUGAGAUUGAGAAACUUGAAGAACAAAAUCGUUAAUAAAGUUGAAAAUUUGGGGCUGAGGAGAACACCGAUGGGAUUUUUUCUUGAAGAAAUGGGCUUGGAUGGCGAUCUGUUCUGAGAAAAGGUUUAAAUUUUUGGAGCGGUUCGAUAGUUGUGAUGACUUUAUGUGAUUGCUUUAAAAUUUUCCUAAAUAGCUCAUCACAAUUAUGUAUCAGUGAAGCCAAAGCUGUUUUAAUUUUUUUAAGGUUAUUGUUAUAAAAACGUUGUCAUUUAAAGGUUAUUAUUUGUAAUAUUGUUAUAGUAUUUUUUUUGAAAUUUCUAAUGCAUGUACUUAUAAAAAAGCAAUGAUUUUAUUGUAUAUAAGUUUCGUAUUUGUUUUAAACAUUUUAAAAUCUUAUAUAGUAGUUUAAAAUAACAUUCAAACAUACCAUAAGAAGAUUGUACAUAAAUUAUGAAACUGAGCAAUACAAUUUAGAAUCGAAAAAUGCAGCUCAAAAAAAAGUAUUUUAAGCUUCAUUUAUAUUUUAUUAUAGCUCCUAGUAUAUAAUUACUCUGUCAUAUUAUUAUAUUUAAAUAUUCUAGUCUAUUGCAAUGAUUCAAUACACA